ACUCGCGAGGUAAAAUAAAAGUUCGAUGCGUUUGCGGACGAAAUACGGGAAAUCUAUCGGCACGCCUCACAGCUAGAACCGAUGGGUAAAUAUUCAACGCACGCGGGUUCUUCGACGUCGUCGUCGAAGCAAAGCAACCAGCACCGAGAGUUGGAACAGCUCGGAAUCGAUCUGCUGCAGGAAUGCAAAAAAUGCAUCGACGUGAAUCGCCUUUCGAGGAACUUGCGGGAACGAUUGGAACGAUUGCCGCGCAAAAUGCGGAAGGAGGUGGUGAAACGCACCAGCGAAGGAUGUUCCCCGCUCUUCAUCGCCUGCCGCCGUGGCAACGUUGAGAUCACCGAGUAUCUCAUCACCGUCUGCGCUGCCAACAGCGAGCAGAAAGGGAUGUACGAGGUGCCCGAGGACCGCUCGGUGCACUGCGUUACCCCGCUCUGGUGCGCCUGUGUGUCCGGGAAACUGCCCGUCGUCAAGUGUCUCGUAAGGCUCGGUUCCAACAUUAACGCACUGUCCGAUACCGGAUCUACACCGCUCAGAAGCGCCUGCUUUAUGACCCACAUCGAUAUCGUCCAAUUUCUGGUCGAGAAUGGAGCAGACAUCCGGAAGCCGAACUACAACGGUGGUACCUGUUUGAUCAAUUCGGUCCAAUCCGUGAGCCUGUGCACCUAUCUUAUCGGCAAGGGCGCUGAUGUGAAUGCGCGCGAUAUACAGGAUAAGACGGCACUGCACUACGCGAUUCAAGAGCAUCGUCUCGAGACGACACAGCUCCUGCUGGAACAUGGAGCGGAUCCCUUUGCCAAGUCACGCUACGGCGAUGAUGCAUUGCAGACGGCGUGCCUGAAGGGAGCGCACCUCAUCUUUGACUAUCUCAAGAUUUACGUCCGGUACUCGUACGAGCAGCUUGCCGAUGCACACGAGUUGAUAGGGUCGACGUUCAUCGACGAUCUGAACGAGACGCGCGUGGCGAUGCUCCACUGGCGCAUGGCCCAUCAUAUUCGCCACCGUGAGGAGUACAUUCCCAAGCGGCCAGCAGUGCAAACGCGGGCAGCCUAUGGUCAUGCGGUCGAGUUUACGACCAUUGCCGAGCUGGACAACAUCGCGGCGGACGUUGAUGCGAUGCGCGUCCAAAGCCUACUCAUCUAUGAACGCAUUCUUGGCAUCGAGCAUAAGGAUACGCUUUUCCGCUUGAUGUACCGCGGGGCUUCGUAUGCGGAUGCCCAUCGUUUUCAGCGUUGUAUCGACCUGUGGCUGUUGGCAUUGCAGGUGCGCGUCCAGAAGUAUUCUAUUCUCUACUCCGACACCUGCCUAACGGCACAGGCGAUCGUACGGUUGAUGCUGGAUCUGCUAGAAAAGUACAAUGAAGCACAAGGAAACGAGUUUGUGGAUUUGCGGCCACGCUUUGAGGAUGUGUACGCCGUGUUUACCAUUCUCACGGCCAACAUCAAGGAAGCGCUGAGACUCAUCAGCAUCCGGCCGGUACACCGGAAGCAGCAGGAAAACUUUGAUCGCAUACUAAAAUGCCUCACCCAUCUGAUGCAUCUGAUGCUGGCGACGGCCAAAACACCGGAAGAUCAUGCCGCAAUUUAUCGGUCCGUUCGUGAGAUUGUAGCGAGCAAAAUCCGCAGUGCGAUCACUAGCGACACCUUGCUGCAUCUGUCGCUGUCGCGCCUGAACGUGAUCAAAAGUGGAUACUUCAGCGACGAUACUCAUUCCAGUCGGCCCACGUUUCCUAGUUUGGGCGUGGUACGGCUAUUGCUCGAUUGUGGGGCCGAUGUGGGAGCCAAAAACGAAUCCAAAUCCACGCCACUUAUUAUCGCUGCGCUUCCUUACAACUACGAGCGUGACGUUGUCUAUAUGCUGCUAGAGGCCGGUGCGGAUCUGGACGAACCGAACAGCAAUGACGAUAGGCCGCUAAUCCACAUCGCGCUUAAUCCGAUCAACGACAUACCGCUAAUGAAAUACAUGUCGCUCAAGUGUCUCUGCUCGACGAUUAUCGCGCGCUUCGGCAUACCGUAUCGCAACCAAAUUCCUCGUACUCUGGAAGAGUUUGUCAAGCGACAUGAGGCGUAAAUGGCAGGGGACCUGUGGAAUGUGGAUGGAAUGGUAAAUUUCUUCAAUUAUUUUAACAAACUUGUGAUCUUUUCGUUGCCGACAGCAAUGCAUUCUCCAUCCGUGUGUGUGUGUGUGUGUGCCCUGGAGUGAUGAAAGUUCCCUGGAGGACACUCAGGCCGCGACGGUUAGGGAUAAGAAGUAGUAACCAAAUUCAAGAAUCCACCUGUCAAUUGAUGCGACGCGAUGCUUUUGUGUGUAAUAGUGCGUAUCUGUGUGGCAUCACCAAGUGAGUAAUCUUAAAUCCCCUUUAAUCUUAGCUCCUUUCCCAGUGGCCUAUGAUCGUAAUGGCUCUCUAUAAUUGGCGUACGAAUGAUUACGAAUUAGCGAUAGUGUGACAGAAGUCCUCUGUAAGGAAAAGUGAAUCUAGCACGACCCUAGUAGGUAUCUAGCGAACGAUCUCCUGCUAGACAGGCCAAGAUCACCGAUAGCACCGAAGCUACUGAUGAAGCAGAACGCUUAACGGGAUCCCACGUAAUCCAACCGGAAUUGUCUGUAUCCGAUGCUCACUACGAUAGCGAUAGUCAAUGUUAUAAUGCAACCCAGUGGUAUUAGAAGGCAACACAGAGGCUACCCUGACACGUGUUUGGUAAUAAAGCAAAGAAACUCAGCAUUACUAUUUAGGUGGCGCGGCCCCCACCAACAGCACAAUUAACCACGAUAUAGCAAUGGGCGAGCAGUAGAACGAGUUAAAGCAUUAAAGGCAACGCGUUUGGCCGAUAUACAACCGAUAACCAAACCGUACCCACGUAUGCCGUAGCAAAAGACAUUCAGCAACAAUGAAACAAUAAAGUAUAACGGGGUUUGUGCCCGAUUGAUGUGAGUUAUAUACGCUAUCUAUU